AUGUACACUCUCGUCCUCGUCUUCUUCCUUCUCCUCGGCCUCCUAUUCUAUAACCGGUAUAAGAACAAACCUCCUCCCGGCCUCAAACCCGCUCCAGGUCCCAAAGGUGUCCCAAUCCUAGGCAAUGCACACCAACUCGGCGCGCAGCCACACCGACAAAUCACCGCAUGGGCGCGGGAAUACGGCGACCUGUACAAGAUCCGACUCGGCUGGAACGACUGGUACAUGAUAUGCUCGCCUGCUGCCUGCAAGGAGAUUCUCGACAAGCAAUCUGCACACACGUCUUCGCGGGCGCCGUUGCCAGUGGCCAGCGAUGCCUUGUCGGGCGGGAUGCGCUUCCUGUUUAUGGAGUAUGGGCCCGAGUGGAGGAAGUUGAGGGGAAUCAGCCAUAAGUUGUUGACGCCGGCGGUGAGCGCUACGUUCAAACCCAGCCAGGAGUAUGAGGCCAAGAUGCUGUGUGAGGAGAUUCUCAAUAAUGGGGAUGAGAAGGUUGGGAAUGAAGUGAGUUACAAGGCGAUCAGGAGGUAUACUGUCAGUGUAAUCAUGACGAGUACGUAUGGGAGGCGGAUACCGGAGUGGGACUGUGAGGAAGUCCACCAAGUUUACUCCCUCAUGGCCGACUUUAGCGUCAUUGCGAAACCUGGGCACUAUCUCGCCGAUACUCUUCCUUUCCUGGGUGCCCUACCUCGACGUCUUCAAUGGUGGCGCAAACCUCUUCAACCCUAUUUUCAGAAGCAAGCCAACCUCUGGAUGUCCUUUUUCAGCUCUCUCAAAACGCAAAUGGAAACAAAAUCUGCCCCCGAGUGUUUCGUCAAACAGCUCGUCGACAGCGACUAUGCUUCUCAAGGUAUAUCCGAACUCCAAGCCGCCUUCCUCGCAGGCAGCAUGAUAGAAGCUGGCAGUGAAACCACCAGUGCAGCCCUCAACACCGCAAUCCUCUACCUAUCUGCACACCCAGACGUCCGAGCCAAAGCCCAUGAGCAGCUUGACGCGGUCGUCGGAACCCAGCGCUCGCCCACAUUCUCAGACGAGUCUUCACUGCCGUAUAUUCGCGCCAUUGUCAAGGAAACUUUGCGUCUUCGCCCUGUAACCAACAUCGGUACCCCACACUACACUACCGCGCCCAUAUCUUACAACAACAUUUACAUCCCUGCCCAAUCCGUCGUUUGCCUCCAACAAUACCCUAUCCACUACAAUCCGGAAAUCUACCCCAACCCAGAGUCCUUCAACCCAGAUCGCUUCCUCGGCUACACCUACGGCUCAGGCCACUACGCCGCAGGCCCCGCCGAGGCGCGAGAUCAUUGGGCCUUUGGUGCCGGCAGGCGAAUUUGCAGCGGUGUCCACCUCGCAGAGAAUAGCAUGUUCAUUGUCCUCGCGAAACUGUUAUGGGCGUUUGAUAUUCUGCCGCCGCUUGGGGAAGACGGGAGGGAAGUAAAGGUUGAUACUGGGGAUGCGGCGUUUGAUGCGGGGAGCACGACGAUGGCGAAGACGUACAAGGUUAGGUGGGUGCCUAGAGGUGAAUGGGCGAGGGAGAUGGUGGCGAGCGAGGCGGAGGAGGCAAGGAGAGAUGGAUACGUGCUUCGCGGUGUCAAGGUGAAUGAGGAUGGUGUUGAGGUUUGA